AUGGGUCGUGUGAGAUCAGCAUCGUUUGCGCCCAAAAAGGGAUUUCGUCAGCGCCAAAGACACGCUAAAAGCUUUAUUGUUAUUGUACAGCAUAUAUGUGUACGGUUUAUCGAAAGUGUUAAGCAUGUAAAGUUUAGAAGGGAGGCCCUGAUAAGGCAUGUCGGCAAUGUUUUAUCUAUCUUCAUUACAAAUGCGGAGAUUGCAAGCAUGGCGUGUUAUGAAGCACCUGUCGAUACAUUAAAUUUCUUUGAGGCUGCGAAAAAUUGA